AGUGCUGUCGACUCCUCCUUUGAACGCCGGGGGCCGGUCUCUACGCCUGCGUAGUGGAGUUGGGCGCUCGCGGGACUUGGGCUGCUGAGAGGUGGGGUCCCAGGCUCCGGCUGCCGGAUGGAGAAGCCCCUGACGGAGUCGGAGCCCCUCUUGGGCCAGGCCCGGGGCGGCGCGAGCGGGAGCGGCGGCGGCGGCGGCGACUGUCCGGAGGGGCAGACCCCUUGUCGCAGCGUCCAAGUCAGCCCUGAUGCCGCAGCCAAGCAGGGCAUCUGCAUUGACCAGGCUGUGGUCUUCAUCGAAGAUGCGAUCCAGUACCGCUCUAUCAAUCACCGCAUGGACGCCCGCUCGGUGUGGCUUUACCGAUGGUAUUACUCGGACAUAUGCCAGCGGACUUUGAACUUCACCAUUUUUCUGAUCCUGGUUUUGGCUUUUAUUGAGAUCCCCUCUUCACUCAGUAAAACGGCAGAUGUGCGCUACCGCUCCCCGCCCUGGGAGCCGCCCUGUGGCCUGACGGAGAGCUUGGAGGUGCUCUGCCUGCUGGUCUUCACAGCUGACCUCUCUGUGAAGAGCUACCUGUUUGGGUGGGCCCAUUUCAAGAAGAACCUCUGGCUGCUGGGCUACCUUGUGGUCCUGGUCGUGUCGCUGGUGGACUGGACUGUGUCUGUGAGUCUUCUUUGUCAGGAGCUCUUCCGUGUGCGCCGGGUCCUCCGGCCCUUCUUCCUGCUGCAGAACUCCUCCAUGAUGAAGAAGACCUUGAAGUGCAUCAGGUGGUCACUGCCGCAGAUGGCCAGUGUUGGGCUGCUGCUGGCGCUGCACCUGUGUCUCUUCACCACGUUCGGGAUGCUGCUGUUUACUGGCGAGAAGCAGGAUGAUUGGCAGAGAAGGGAGAAGCUGACCUACUUCCGGAACCUGCCAGAUGCUCUGACUUCGCUCCUGGUGCUGCUGACCACCGCCAACAACCCCGAUGUGAUGAUUCCUGCAUAUUCUAAGAAUCGCGCCUACGCUAUCUUCUUCAUAGUCUUCAGCAUAAUAGGAAGCUUGUUUUUGAUGAACCUGCUGACGGCCAUCAUCUACAGCAAGUUCCGGGGAUACCUGAUGAAAUCUCUCCAGACCUCGCUGCUGCGGAGGCGGUUGGGGACCCGGGCUGCCUUUGAAGUCCUUUCCUCCUUGUCUAGGGUGGCAGGAGCCUCCCCUCAGGAAAUUGGGGUGAAGCCACAGCACUUACUGCUGGUACUUCAGAAAGUCCAGGUGGACAGCUCCCACAAGCAGGCCCUCAUGGAGAAGGUGAGAUCCUUUGGGGACAUCCCCCUGUCAGCCAACGAGUUUCAGAGACUCUUCAACGAGCUUGAUAAAAGUGUGGUUAAAGAGCACCCGCCGAGGCCCCAGUACCAGUCUCCGUUUCUGCAGAACGCCCAGUUCUUCUUUGGCCACCACUACUUCGACUACCUGGGGAACCUUGUCGCCCUGGGAAACCUCGUGUCUAUUUGCGUGUUUUUGGUGCUGGAUGCGGACGGGCUGCCUGGUGACCGUGGGAGUCACUUCAUCCUGGGGAGUCUGGACUUUGUCUUCAUCCUGUACUACCUGUUGGAGAUGCUGCUCAAGGUCUUUGCUCUGGGCCUGCGGGGCUACCUGUCCUACCCCAGCAACGUGUUUGACGGGUUCCUCACCAUAGUGCUGCUGGUUUUGGAGAUCUCAACUCUGGCUGUGUACCGAUUCCCACACCCAGGCUGGUGGCCACAGAUGCAGGGCCUGCUGUCACUGUGGGACAUGGCCCGUAUGCUGAACAUGCUCAUCGUGUGCCGGUUCCUGCGCAUCAUCCCCAAUGUGAAGCCGGUGGCUAUGGUGGCUGGUACCGCCUUGGGCCUGAUACAGAACAUGCGGGCAUUUGGCGGGAUCAUAGUGGUGGUCUACUAUGUGUUUGCCAUCAUUGGGAUCAGCUUGUUUCGUGGUGUCAUUGUGGCUCCUUCUGGAAACAGCAGCCUGGCUCCUGCCAAUGGCUCAGCGCCCUGUGGGAGCUUCGAGCAGCUGGAGUACUGGGCCAACAACUUCGAUGACUUUGCCGCCGCCCUGGUCACGCUGUGGAACGUGAUGAUGGUGAACAACUGGCAGGUGAUCCUGGAUGCCUAUCAGCGCUACUCGGGCCAGUGGUCCAAGAUCUACUUCGUGUCAUGGUGGCUGUUGUCAUCUGUCAUCUGGAUCAACCUGCUUCUGGCCCUGAUUCUGGAGAAUUUCCUUCAUAAGUGGGAUAACCAAAGUGACCUACAGCCCCUUGAUGGGACCGAGGAGGCCACCUACCAGAUGACCGAGGAGCUCCCGUUCAGGGACAUCCUGGAGGAGCCGAAGGAGGAGGAGCUGACAGAGAAGCUGAGACGUCACCUGCACCUGCACCUGUGCAGGUGACAUGAGGUUCCCCUCCCAGCGGGGGUGGCAGGAUAGAGACGCUGGCCUGCGGCAGGUGUUGGUCAUGGAAGAGGCAGGUGGGCUGUGGCCAAGCAGGAAGAGACUUUGCUUUGACAGACCACUUAGCUGGCGACAGGUGGAGCCUGGAGACAGGAACCAGGUCCUUCGGAUGCUGCCCAGUGGAACUAUCUACAGAAUAGCUGCUAAUGCCUCAGGGACGAGUCGCGCUAUGCCACUUUCUGUUAUAAGCUGCUUCAAUGAGACUUUUUCAAUUAAGCUAAGAGGGUGACUCCACAGGGGCCUUUAAGGCAGUCUGAAAAGCAAGAAGCAGUGGCUUUCUCAUGCCCUGUGGCUUCCAUGGUGCCUUUGCUGUUGGUGGCCUUCAGGGACCAAAGGCCCGUCCAGGGCCUGCACAGGUUAACCAGCAGAUUUCUAGGACAUUACGAUCUGGGUGCUGAGGGUUUUACAUGAAGAGAAUGUUGACUAUGUCUUACUAUUUUGUGGGUUGUAUGAGUGUGGUUGGGUAUGUUUCUUUGGGAAUCAGAAAUGCCAAUAAUUUUCCUCAACAACUUGUACAAAGAUGGGAUUGUCAUUCUUACUUCAACAUGACUGGUCCUAUUUCUCUGGACCAGGGUUGUCAGUAAGGUUGUUUAGGUUGGGUACUACACAAAGGCACCUGCCUGUGGGGUGCAUCCUGGCAUGCGGCACCUGAAGUAAGGGCUGUUUUCUCAUGGUGGCCGUCUACUUUGUGUGUCCUUGGUGUGGGGCAGAGGGGGACUAGGGCAGAGAGGUGGGGAAAGUGAGUAGAGUGGAAAGCCAGGUUGUCACUCAGUUCAUAUUAGACAGUGAUUGGUGAGUGGUUUCCUCCCUGUAAGUGCUGACUCAAGUGAUGGGCGUUAUAGUCUGUGGAUCUUCAGGGAGAGGGAUGAGGGUGGUGAGUGGCGUUUGCUGACCACUGGGGAAAGUGAGGGCUGGGUGCUGACCUGUAGGCACUGGGGAAAGUGAGGGCCGGGUGCUGACCUGUACGGGCACUGGGGAAAGUGAGGGCCGGGUGCUGACCUAUAGGGACACUGGGGAAAGUGAGGGCUGGGUGCUGACCUGUAGGGGCACUGGGGAAAGUGAGGGCUGGGUGCUGACCUGGGGGCAGUGGGGAAAGUGAGGGCUGGGUGCUGACCUGUAGGCACUGGGGAAAGUGAGGGCCGGGUGCUGACCUGUAGGGACACUGGGGAAAGUGAGGGCUGGGUGCUGACCUGUAGGAGGUGGUUUCCUGUCUUCCCAGCUUGACUUGGAAAAGGUAUUUGAAGAAAGUUUAACUAAAGAAACCAACUUCUAAGAUGCCAGGAAGCCCAGGGCGCGGGGUGCUGUAAGUCUGUGCGCCUUCUGCCUCUGUGCGUCAUUCCCUCUGACCAAUCCUGAGGCUUGUCUGGAACCCUGGGCAUUUGCCUGUGUGGGGUUCCUGUGCCAGGACACUGCAGACCUGCCCGCCUCUGAGGGUCUAUCCUGGGAGCACCUCGAGAGCACUGGGUGGGGCGGCCACACCCAGGUGGCCUCUGCAGACUGCUCUCUCGGGCAGGGUUAGUGUCCUCUUACUAACCACAGCUGGCUGUGCUGCGGCGGCCUCCUUUCUGCUGGCGGUUGGGUGCCACCUAGUGGUGGAAUGGGGUGCAUUUGGCCCCAUGACACCCAGACAUGGCUCACAGAGACUGGGUUUGCUCCUCGUGAGCUCCCCCCACCCUGGGGCUGGUGCCCUGUCUGUGCCUGUUGUCACCAGCGUGGCCAGGCGGGCUGGGAAUACACAGGGUUGCUUCCAUGGGCGGCCCGUGAGGCAGAAGUGCUAUUGUCUCCUUCUCUAGCUAGGGGCUGUGUCCCACCUCUUGGCACUUGCAGUGGGGCAAGGGGAGCCCAGUGACAAAGUUGCUGUGACUGAGACCGGGGAGAGAAGCAAGUCCAAAGUGAAGGUCAUGAAUUUGUUUUUGCUUAUCUUUAAUAAUGAUAGUAACAAUAAUGAUGUACAGAAUAGUUACAGGUACAACUUGUGGGUGAGCUGCAGUUCUGAUGCCCAACCCUCAGUGCUUUGGACGUGUUUGCAGUGCUGGUCAGCUGGCCUCACUGGCCCAGCGGGUAUAGACCAUCCCUGC